AUGCCGAAAAGAAAGGUGAACGCAGCCGAGGCCGGGGACGCCAAGGAUGAGCCCAAGAGGAGGUCGGCACGGUUGUCAGCUAAACCAGUUCCUCCAAAGUCUGAGCCAAAGCUCAAAAAAGAAAAGGUUGUUGCAAAGGAAAAGUCAGAAGAAAAAAAAGUUCCAGCAAAGGGAAAGAAAGGUGCUAAAGGCAAACAGACUGAAGAAGGUAACAAAGAGGAGACUAAAGAUGACGUGCCAUCUGAAAAUGGAGAAACAAAGGACGAUGAGGCCCCAGCAUCUGACGGAGGCGACAAGGAAUCGAAGUCUGAAUAACCUACAUCUUGUUCCAAGUCUUUUAUCAGUGGUUCCUGUACCUCCCUUGUACAAUUCAGAGGAAUAUUUUUAUCAACUAUUUUGUAAAUGCAAGUUUUUUAGUAGUUUAAUUCUAGAAAACACAUUUUUAAAAUAGGAGGGAAUCCCACCACGUCUUUUGUUAAUUGUUCUUAUUUUUUUAAUACACGCUUGAUUGGAAAGCCCAUUUUUUUUUUUUUUAAAAAGGUAUCAAGUGUGAAGUAUUUUACUGUGGAGCACAAAAAAAAGGUUAAUUCCAUGGCUGUGUUGUGAUAAGAUGGUUCAAAGAAAAUCUUUCACCUCAUUUUCUGAUCUCUGCCCAUUGAUCUCGCUUGCGGGCCAAGUCAGAAGGCAAGGCCUGGAUUUUGGUCUGAUAACGGUUUUCAAAAGCUUAUUUUUUCCUCAUGUCUUAACAGUUAAAUUGUUCUCUGUACCCAUAUUGUCUUGCGUACAAUUUUUACAUCCUAAUAAAAGUCCCCAGGUGAUGGAUUUCCCUCUGAAAAAUUGUGUACUUAUCUGUGAUGUUACCAUUUUUCCUAUUUUUUAUUUUUUUUGGGGUAGUGGUAUUUUAUUUUCAGUAUCUGUGUAAAAGUGCUGUGAAUCUUUUUGAAAAAAAAACUUCGAGUGUGUAGUGAGUGUGAUGUACUGGGAAGCUUAAACA